AUGUCAUUACCAUCACCAGAUCUUGCUGAGACGGAGGCUGAAGAGCUGGUAUCUCGGGUAUCCGGAUCGUCAUCCAGCUCUUUCGUGCCAAUUGAUGAUAAGGAAGAUGCUAUUCAAGUUAUUAACGAGGACAAGCAAUUCAAUGGGGAUCUCUUAUCAUAUGUUACAGCAACACUGUUAAAUGUUGAUAAGGAUUACCAUAUUAUUUCUGUGUUUGGAUCUCAAUCAACAGGGAAGUCUACGUUGUUGAAUCGUUUAUUUAAUACCAAUUUUGAUGUUAUGGAUGAAACUCAGAGAAGACUGCAAACCACUCGUGGGAUAUGGAUGGCUCAUUCACCUUUAGUGAACCAUACUUUUAAUUCUAAGGAAAAAAAGGAAGGUAUUCGUAACAAGAAUAUUUUUGUGAUGGAUGUUGAAGGUACUGAUGGUCGUGAGAGAGGUGAAGAUCAAGAUUUUGAACGUAAAGCGGCGCUUUUCGCUUUAGCUACUACUGAAAUCUUAAUCAUCAAUAUUUGGGAAACGCAAGUUGGUUUGUAUCAGGGGGCUAAUAUGGGAUUAUUAAAGACUGUUUUUGAAGUCAAUUUAAAGCUUUUUGGUAAAGCAAAAUCAGAUACUACAAGUUCUUCCACUUCUCCUGUUACAAAGAAAAUUAGUGACCAUAAGGUUUUACUUUUAUUUGUAAUUAGAGAUCAUUUAGGUGUUACACCAAAGGAAGCUUUAGCAGAAACUAUUACGGAUGAUUUAUUAAAAAUGUGGGACUCUUUAACAAAACCGUCAGAGCUAUCACAUUUUAAGUUCAAUGACUUUUUUGAUAUUGAUUUCCAUACUAUUGGCCAUAAAAUGUUGCAACCAGAGAAGUUUGAACAAGAUGUUAAGCUCUUGGGUGAUAGAUUAGUUAAUCCAAGUGAUACCUUGUUUAACCCUAAUUAUCAUCAUGGAGUGCCUGUUGAUGGAUGGGCUUUAUAUGCUGAAAACUGUUGGGAUCAAAUUGAUAAUAAUAAGGAUUUAGAUUUGCCUACCCAACAAAUCUUAGUUGCCCAAUUCAAAUGCGAAGAGUUUUCAAAGAAGUCUUUGGAUUCAUUUAUUACCAAAUACACUGAGUAUGAGCCUAUUGGUCUUGUAGCAGAUGAUUAUGAAGAAAUUGGUAGAUGCUUGAUUGAUUUGAAGAAUGAUACAUUAGAAGAGUAUGACAAUUUGGCAUCUCUGUAUAACGAAUCCAUAUAUGAACAGAAGAGAACAGAAUUGAGUACUCAGAUCAAUGCCAAGGUUGCUAACUUAUUUAAUUCACACGCAGAUAAGUUAAGAGCAAAUUCCGCGGAAGCUUUCAAAAAGGAAUUGAUAGCACUUAAAGGUCGUAAUUUUAAUAAGGAAGGAUUAAAGAUACGUGACGAUCACAGAUUGAAAUAUUUGCAAAAGUUAAGUCUAUUAUCUAUUGGUGGAGAGAUUUCAACAGAUUCCAACUUUGCUAAACUUGACGAAACGUUGAGUAGUAUUUUCAUAACUCAACAAAAGGCAGAAUUGAGAGGAGUAAUUCUGAAGGGGUUGAAGAAGCUUUCAACUGGUUUAACCAAGGAAAUCCAAGCACAAGUUGGUUCACCUGCCUCCACAUCUUGGGACGAUAUUUUGGCCAAAUUUAAGUGUUUGACUAACGAAAUCAUUAGCAAGUAUGAAACCGAUGAUGCUAAAGGAGUUUAUGAUUUUGGGUUGGGAACCACUGGAGAAGAGAAUGCCAAGGCUAUAGAUGAAUUCAAAUUCAAGUCAUGGAUUACAUUUGAUGAAGUGAGUCACAAAUUGCUCACCAAGGAUUCGAUUUUGGCAUUAUUGAAGGAAAGAUUUGAAGAUAAGUUUAGAUAUGAUGCUAAUGGAGUUCCUAGAUUGUAUGAGAACACUGCUGAAUUGGAGGUCAAUUUUCAAGAUUCCAAAGUGUAUGCCAUGAAGGUUAUUAAGAUCUUUGGGUUUGCAAAACUUUCGGAUGAAACUGAAAUUGUACCCGAUUAUUCAAUUUAUGACAUUAAAUUAAGAAACACUUAUUUUGGUAUUAACACCAUUGACGACGACGAUGAUGAAGAUGAAGACAAUGAAGAUGAAGGUAGACGGACAUGUUUUGCCGAAGUGAUUUCAGAAAAGGACAAGGCUAUUAUACUUUCCAAGUUCAAAAAGGAGAUAGAUGCCCGCUUCAUUGAAACCAAAAAAUCCAUUAUUCAAAACGUUACUCAAAUUCCGUAUUAUAUCUAUUUGAUUAUAAUGGUUUUAGGGUGGAACGAAUUCAUGGCAAUACUCCGCAAUCCACUUUUGACCACACUUAUUUUGGUGUUUGGUGGAGGGUUAUAUGUGUUGUAUCGGUUGGGACAAUUGAACCAAGUGAUUUAUGUAACAAAGCACUUUAGCAAUGAGGCGUUGAGUCUUGCCAAGGAACAGUUACGGCGGGUUCUUAUUGAAGACUACGAUGUGCACGGACGGAAUCUUGACGGAAUUGGGGGCCAAAAGAAUAGUGGGGUGGAUUCGGAGAAUGUUGUGGAGUCAAUCGAGAUGCAAGACCUAUAA